CGGCGCUUAGGGAUCUCGGGACCCCUCAAGGCCAGACGUUCCCACCACGACGGAGCGCAGGGCGCAGGCGCAGAGGCCGUUCCAGCCCCGUGCCGCCGGCCUGUCUGAGGCGCCCCCUGGCGGCGGCUCCGCGCCUCCCGGGCGGAAACGGCCACGGUCGGACUCGGAGCGCAUGCGCGGGACCCGGAGUUGUCGCGAGAUGCCGGAAGAAUGGGCCCCUGAGCGGACUUCCGGUAGUGGGGCCUAGGUCCGGGGCGGAGAAGGAGAUACCCGAGGCUGUGGGGCCCGGGGCUCGGGCUGCUGAGCCGGCGGCGGGCCGGGGCGGGGGACGCGCGCGCAAGGUUUGGUCCGGGCCCCGCCGCGCGCUCCGCCAUGGACCCGUUUCUGGUGCUGCUGCACUCGGUGUCGGCCGGCCUGUCGAGCAGCGAGCUCAGCAACCUCAAGUUUCUGUGCCAGCGUUGCGUGAGCAAGAGGAAGCUGGAGCGCGUGCAGAGCGGCCUGGACCUCUUCUCGGUGCUGCUCGAGCAGAACGAGCUGGACCCUCAGAACACCGAGCUGCUGCGCGAGCUGCUCGCCUCCCUGCGGCGCCAAGACCUGCUGCGCCUCCUGGACGCCUUCGACGCGGGCGCGACGAGCCGGGCCGCGCCCGAGGAACGAGACCUGCGAGCAGCAUUUGACAUCGUCUCUGAACAUGUGGGGAAGGACUGGAGAAAGCUGGCUCGUAAGCUCCAAGUGUCAGACAGCAAGAUCGAUGCCAUCGAGGUGAAGUAUCCCCGAAACCUGACAGAACAGGUGAGGGAGUCGCUGCGAGUCUGGAAGAACGCCCAGCGGGCGGACGCGACGGUGUCACACCUGGUGGCAGUGCUCAGGGCGUGCCAGCUGAACCUGGUGGCAGACCUCGUGGAGGAGGGUCAGCAGGCCCGGGCCCUCCAGAGCAACGGGGACACUGGGAGCGGCAGUCUGUCCCAGAUGUCAUGGGCCUCAGACGCGCCCUCCUCGACAGCCUUCUGAUGACCCGGCUGCUCUCCUGGGGGACCGAGGGCAUCGGCGCAGUCGGAAUGUUGGUUCCGUCCCCUGAGGUCGACCGGGUGCCUUCUGGUGCCAGUCCUUUGUGAGCCUGGGGGAGGGACCCCAGCGCUCGGCCAGACUGACUUCUCCGUGAAAGCUGGCACGUAGGCAGCAACUGUCCGUGCCAGGCGGGGCUUGGGCAUCCUGCACAUGCCUCUGUUCAUUCCUCCUGGUGACCUCUGUCAGGAUGGUCGUGUCCCCAUUAAACGAGUUCCUACAGGAGGACGUUUCAGAACCAUGUCAGCACGCAGAAGGAGUCUGUGAAAAUUAGCAGUUCUUACCAUUACGAUUCUACAGGGGAGGAAAAGAGCACAGUUAAGGAGCUGGAGGAAAAGUGGGAUACAAAUAGCAGAGCUGGGUUUGGAAGCAAACGCUCUCUGGCCCCAGAGCCCACACUGGGUCGUUCUGCCACCCCCACAGUUGGCCAGAGGCCGCAGUUGGCCAAGGCACAUGGCGCAGGGUGAGAAGCGCCCUGACCUGGCCUUGGGGGCCUGCCACGCCCGUGCCCCAGCCCCUGGCCUCGGUGAGUUAGGUCUCCUCCAAGGUAAUGCCUGUAAAAUGCUCCGAAGUGCCCUCUGGAAGUGUCAGUUGCUGAAAGUGUUAUAAUUCCUGUGAUUCCACAGUUUGUUCCCAUUUUGUAUCAAACUCUCUGUUUGAUGGCAGACUUGGCACGGGAGCUAAAUCCUAUAAUUUGAAAACGCAGCCUUCCUUCCAGCUUCUAAGGUAACCUUGGCAAAGCAAAUGCCUCUCCAGCACAACCCUCCAUAUUACAGAAUUUUGCAUUCCCGUCGAUGGUUCCAGUGCACAUGUUCCCGAAAGUCCCCUGGCAGAUGAUUUCAGUCUCUGGUGCAGCAUAUCACGGGUGGCGGGGUUUCCUGCCCGCUGCAGUGACUUCCAGCGGGGGAGGUGACCUCAGCACACCCGUCUGCCAGGGCAGCUUGUGCCGGCUUGGGCCGUGGCCACCAAGAAGCAGGGAACCAAGUGGCUGCCCUUUUCCCGGCCUUCCAGCUGUGGCCUUGGGAAAGCCACAUGUGCUGGGAUGUCCUGCCACACUGCCUUGACCUUGGGUUGCUCAGAUUCUAGCAGCACUGUCCCCUCGAAGCCAUGGAGCCGGCCUUUGAGCCCCGCCGCACCUUCGCAGAUAAACUUCCUGAUGCUGGGAACUGCUGGGAGCCGGGGCCGUGGCAGCACACGGGACAGAGGUGGCACUGUCCUGGAGACCCCAAAAGCCUGGCUGGGAGCACAGUUAACUGGUUCAUCACAGGUUCGAGGCGGUGCCAAGCCCCUGGGCCGCUGUCAGGCCCGAUGCUGUGGCCCGAUGCACUGCAUGGCCCCGCCGGCCUGAAGCACCUGCUUCUUCAAGCCUCGGGGCGGGACAGGUUCUGUGGAUGACACACUUCCCCACCAUCGAUAAACGUGAGUGGCUUGGUGGAUGGGUCGCUUCGGGAAGUAGGUCUUCUGGGAAACGUCCAUAUUUUUUGAGCAGAGGCAGAAUUCAGAGGUCUGCCAUUCCCUUAUGGUUUAUGGCAAAAGCUGCUAAACUGGGACGACCUAACAUCCUGAUAGCACCCUACCUCCCCCUGCGUGCUGGGCAUAGCUGGAGAGACCCCCGACCCUCCAGCACACCAGGUGCUCUGACAGGCUUUGACAACACUGUGCCCGGAAUUAGCCGGGCCUCGGUCCCCAGCUGUGCCUGCUCACCCUGCACCCCGUCACUCUCCCAUGUGCGGUGAGGCAUGGCCUGCCCGGGCACUGCCAUCCCAGGACUUGCAGAGAGCAGCUGCUGUCGUGUGCUGAGGGGGAGGAGCUGGGACCUGGGAGCAGCCUCCUGUGACCGUGACCCUCUGUGUGACCUCAUCUCACCGGCACAAGCCUAGACCUUGCGUCACAAGACCCAGGAGAGGAGACGAGUGAGGAAGUGCCCCCAUCCUGUGCUGGGCCCAGCAGGUGUCUACUUCCAGGGCCCGGAGGGAGUGAGGAGUGCCACCACCUUAAAGCUGGAGUGUGGGGUCAACUCGCAGGAGAAACUGUCCCCAGGAGGUGGGGGUCAGAGAUGGGGGUCGGAGCCGGAUAGCCGCAUCCACCUGUCCAGGAUCCUGGCCUCUGGAGGCAGUGCCCCCAGCCUUGUGAAACAAGGGAACGCAUAUUAAAUGUGCACAUAGGGUGACCAACAGCCCAAAUGCUUUAUGGGCACUAGACGUGGAAGUACACACAGCGAGCGUUUGAGAACGAUCACUUUCUUACGGCGGUUACUAUUUAUACUCUCUGCACUUUCCACAGCUUCUGUAAUGGGGUGUUUUGUAACCUGGACUGUUUCGCGGGGAGUGUCCCUAGAACAGUGGAGCACGUGGCUUUCGAGUCUGACCUGGGUUCGAGUCUUGGGCCGCUCCCUGUGGCUCUGCCACCUUGCACAGGGGCCGUUAUAAGUGUGUGCCCAAAUCUGUGGUAACUGGCUUCUCAGGUCCCUUAACAGCAAGCAGUGAAAUGCCACCCAAGGUCCGUCAGAAGGCUGCUCUCUGUGGCCUCAGCGCGCUUGAGCCUGUGGUCCUGAGAUGUCCGUUCCUCCCCUCACCUCUGAACUGCCCUGCACACAGCAUUUCCCUACCACUGCUUCCAGGCGGUGUUCUGGAGCUUUUCAUAACCUCUCCUGGGACGGAUACGGUGGACAUAUAACGGGCGCUGAGCCCCGAGGACGGGAUCAAUUAACCAGCCCUCAGUAGGGGCUGCUCUAAGUUGUGGCCAAGAAUCUCAUAGCAACUUGACAGGAAAUCCUUGUUCCUUUUUGUUUUUUGUUUGUUUUGCAAUCGUAAAAUUUAUGUUUCUGGUAAAGGUGCAGACAAGUCACGUGAUUUACUUGAAAAGUAGAAUUAAGGGCGCAUUUUGCUUUUAAUCCCUUUUCCUUUGAGAAGGAGUGUUUUGCAGAUUUCGGGCCAAUAAAGAGGAAUUUGAUGAAGUGUUUCCUGGACCAAAGGGUCAACCCCCCUGCCUUCUGCCCCCCACAAGUUACCCAGUUUCACCCCCCGCCCCACGCUAUCCAGCCCCGCUGCCUGGACAUGUGCACACGGGGCUCUGGCGGUCACCCACCUGCAGGGUCGCUGAGCACUGGGGGCGUGGGGUCACGGCGGGUCCUCUCCAUCCCAUGCUCUCCCGCUCACUCACCAUUCUGCACCCACUGCCUCUUCCUCCCGAGCACCCCCACCACUACCACCCCCCAGUCUGCACUAGCUGAGGUUGCAGGUUGCCAAGCCCAUUGUACACACGUUUGUUCUGUCUUGUUCAACCUCGGGGCCUUGGACGCCUCCUGACCUUUCUCUUUGACCUCGGGGCCUUGGACACCUGACCUUUCUCUUGACCUCGGGGCCUUGGACGCCUCCUGACCUUUCUCUUUGACCUCGGGGCCUUGGACGCCUCCUGACCUUUCUCUUUGACCUCGGGGCCUUGGACGCCUCCUGACCUUUCUCUUUGACCUCGGGGCCUUGGACGCCUCCUGACCUUUCUCUUUGACCUCGGGGCCUUGGACGCCUCCUGACCUUUCUCUUUGACCUCGGGGCCUUGGACGCCUCCUGACCUUUCUCUUUGACCUCGGGACCUUGGACGCCUCCUGACCUUUCUCUUUGACCUCGGGGCCUUGGACGCCUCCUGACCUUUCUCUUUGACCUCGGGGCCUUGGACGCCUCCUGACCUUUCUCUUUGACCUCGGGGCCUUGGACGCCUCCUGACCUUUCUCUUUGACCUCGGGGCCUUGGACGCCUCCUGACCUUUCUCUUUGACCUCGGGACCUUGGACGCCUCCUGACCUUUCUCUUUGACCUCGGGGCCUUGGACGCCUCCUGACCUUUCUCUUUGACCUCGGGGCCUUGGACGCCUCCUGACCUUUCUCUUUGACCUCGGGGCCUUGGACGCCUCCUGACCUUUCUCUUUGACCUCGGGGCCUUGGACGCCUCCUGACCUUUCUCUUUGACCUCGGGGCCUUGGACGCCUCCUGACCUUUCUCUUUGACCUCGGGACCUUGGACGCCUCCUGACCUUUCUCUUUGACCUCGGGGCCUUGGACGCCUCCUGACCUUUCUCUUUGACCUCGGGGCCUUGGACGCCUCCUGACCUUUCUCUUUGACCUCGGGGCCUUGGACGCCUCCUGACCUUUCUCUUUGACCUUGGGGCCUUGGACACCUCUUGACCUUUCUCUGCAUGAAAUUCUCUCCCGGUUUUCCUCCCCGCCCGCCCGGCCACUCCGGCACAGCCUCUGCCAGCACCCGUCCACAUCCCUCCUCUCUGAGCCACCAGGGAGCACAGGUCCUCGGCCCCCUCUCUCAGGUCCCUGGAGCCUCUCACGUCGCCCCACGGCACCCAGACCCAUAUUGUCAGCACUGAGGGGCAACACAUUUUGCCUCGCAAGGAAACAAGCUCGCAGGUUCUGGGGUUGGGACGUGGGCACCGUGGGGGGCAGGCCUCCCUGCCCAGUUCCCUGCCUGGCCCCUCCUGCCUGGGGCUGGGGCUGCUCUCCCAUAGGUGACCUCACAGCAUGUCUCCUUCCCCUCCCCCGCAGUGAGCCUCACCCCCUCCCUUCAGCCCUACUCUUCCCUGCCCCUCCCACCCCCGCUAACCCAUCCCCCAUCUGCAGACCGCUACUGGAUUCUUAGAAAGCACAAGCUCUAUAUGUUUUGGGGGGUUGUGUUUUUAUUUCCAGCAUAACUAGUCUGAAUUGUCUUGCUGACUGCUUUCUAACCGUGGGAUCACUGUGUGCCUUGCGUCUGGAACCGGCCAGGCGAGCGUGCGGGGUCGCGUGUGCUUCUGUGAAAAUGGCCUGUCACCGUCCAUCUGCUAGUACAAAGGAAGAACGUGUCUUCUACAGGAAAAUUUGCAGUUGAAACCCGUUUUCAUCAAAGAAGCUCUCAGUUUUUAAGUCUGACUAAAGACACUGUGGCAAGAGUCACACGUGUAUUCCAACCACGUUAAUUGUCACCAAGGAACAGAGGCCUAUUUAGUGUGUGAAUGGGGUCAUCGUGGAGUGACAGCCACGUGACGUGGGUACAGCUUUCCUGGGAAGGGUUGAAUGGAAAAAUGUGGGCCGUUUGAGUCACCCCAGGCUCCAGGCG